CAAGCCGUGGUCAUCUGGGCUCGAGCGUCUCGAACCAUAUCUAGCAAGGAUGUCCACGGCUUCAGUGCAAUAUCCUCCAAGGAGACACGCACGUCAAGCAUGAAGUUGGUGGUUGUUUGCUUUUGGUUCCUCUUCGGCGUUGCAGUGUGGCGGUGCGCUUCGCGCAGGCUCUUCGUGCACGAUCAGACACACCAUGACAAGUCGCCCAUCGGACGCAUCAAGACCCACACGUGCGUGCAAGCCCUGUUGCACAGGCUUCCUCCGUGCCUUACCGGCCUGCUGCAGUGGUACGGACUGUUUUUUCUUGGCUUCUGCGUGCUGAUGGCUUUCACGUACCAGACCAACAUAUCGCUCAUGCGGGCGCAUUGGCUCUCCAAGGCUAUGCCCACCUUUGUCAGGCGGGUCUCCAAAGCGAGCCUCGUGGCUGGGGUGGUUGGUUUCCUGUUCCUUUCGGCGCACUUUGUCCACGCCGCGCUCGCAGGAAGCGCGUGGCGCCGCGCUCGCAGGCAGGACUACCCCUGGGCCCCCUCCACGCGCCAAGAUAUUGUGUUCUGCGUGCUCUCCGUGCCUGCAGUCUACAUCGCCAUGUCUGUGCAGAGCACCGCCCGGAUGUGGAUGGUGAUCGAGAAUGAGUUUGGGCCGACCAGCAAUCGGUUCAAUCUAGGUCUGUACCGCCAGAAUUUGGUUCUUUGUGCCGUAUGCCAGUACUGGGUAGUGUGGGUGUUUUCCAAGUUGUGUUGGGAAUUCGUCCGCGAACGGACGUCGGAAGAAACUAGACUAAUAACCAAGUAUGCAGGCUUCCAGGGAGUUCAUGCUUUCGUGCUCGUAGGCAUGGUCCAGUGUGGCCUUGAGUUCGGCAUGGCUUAUGCAGAGUCACGAGCAGCACACGAAGAUUAUCCAAUCAUGGAGCAGCACGGCGACGCUUUGACAACAGCUCGUUCCAAAGUCGACGACUUACUCGUAGCCAUGACAGUUCUUUGUAUAUACAACAUGCUUCUUAUCUGCAGAUUCGAGCCAAUUACGGAUGCCCUCGGCAAUGCCAACGCGAAGUUCUUGGGCAUACGCAUGUUGUUGAUGCUGAGGACAAUUCAGCCCAAGGUGCUGCACUUCAGUAACGUGCAGCAUGCUUUGGAACUAGAUGCGAAUACAAGCAAACUUCUGCAUUCCUCUCUUCUGACGUUUGAGUGCUUAUUGGUCAUCCUGUUCAAUUUCUUUUCCUGGGAGUUCGGGGCCAGGAAGGAGCUGCUUUACGAUGCGCGCAGCCUGAAGGAACGCCGUGAGGAGGAGUCCCGUGAUGAUGAGUACCAGUGUUUGGACAAUGAGUCAUGACGCGCAGAUAAGGAAACUGUAAUAACCGUGGUAAAAAUGUAAGGAGCAGAUGAAAGGGGGCAGCUACUAUGCUUCGGGCAAUGCCCACCAAGAUGAUGCUUCGCACGUUGCCGAAGCAAGUGCCGUGCGCCUGUUGCUUGUGUCAUAGGCCGCUGCCCCAGACAGAUGAUUGCUCAUGUCAAGCCUGUGGCCGUCGUCGGCACGUGCUCCAGGCGGUACUUGCAUCGGUGAUGCCGAUGCCCGUAUUUUCUGUGCGCGUGUGCGCCGAAGCCCCCGCAGUUGCGGACCAGAGCGAGCGGGCGUGAGGCCCGUCGGCAGCCCGCCAGGCUCGACAGCACCCGCGAGGCCGCCCGCCGCCGGCCGCCGACGUGCUCCACACACUGCCUGGCGGGCGGCCGUGGACGCCUCGCACGAUGGGCCUGUUUUCCACCACCACCGACCCCCUCCCCCUCCAACUCAUGGUGGUGGUGGUAAACGGGCCCAUCGUCGCAGGCGCCUCGUCGGCCGAGCGCGUCGAGGUUUUGCUUUCGCCUGCUGGGCGGCCAUGUGGGCGCCUCGCGGGGGCGCCGCGUCGCGCUGGCCGAGUGCGUCGAGGCGUCGCUUUUGCUGGGUCGUCGUGGGCGCCUCGCGGGUUUCGUCGCGCUGCUUCGCACUUCUACUCCCUGAGAUCCGACGCUCCCGAAA